AUGAUGCAGUUCUCUUUUCUGACGUCACCAGAUAACAAUGGCGUCGUACGGAGAUGGUACGCGUUCCCCCUCAUCUUCUGAGGUCCGAGGAGAGAAGAAGACCACCUCGGUUUCUUUUGGUUUUGCCAAAACGUUAAGCAAGUUUAAACCUUCGACUGGCGACGUCGAUACUCAGGACGAAGAGAAAGAUUAUUUAACCGGGAUAUCCAGAAAUGAAUUACAGAGCACAAAACCAUCUGAAGCGCCAAAGGAACGCAUCAUCCCUCUGAUCCUGAAGAACCGCUGGCGCCUACCUCACCAAGAAGACCAGGACGAUGAAAGUGGAAGCAAAACCGGACCGAUUCAAUUAAAUGGCCAUGGAAGCGGAGACAAGACCCAAGACUCAAAUGAAACGAAUAACUCAGUCGAGGCUCAGGCUGUCAAAGAGCUCAUUGAAGAUUCGAGGAGGAAGCUUGAAGAGAUGCAGUCGGAGGCUACUCUUCACCUCACCAUUCCGUUGUUGGCACAGAACAAGGUGCCUGAUGGCUUUGAGGAUGGGGACCAUAUAAAUGUGGAACUACGGCCUGAACCUUCCACAGAAGAUGAUUACAAGAAAGUUCCCGUCGAAGGCUACGGACUCGCUAUGCUGAAGGGGAUGGGCUGGAAAAAAGGGGAAGGCAUAGGGCGCACCUUUAAACAAGAUGUGAAGCCAUAUGAAUACAAGCCCCGGGUUAUAGGUUUGGGUCUCGGCGCGGAUCGCUCAGCAAUACGGGAUCUGGAGCCCAGCAAAACUCGGCGUCCGCCCAAACCGGGCGAGGUGCGUGACAAGGAGGAAGAGGAGCCGCUCGUGUUAGGUCGUGGAGGUUGCGUGCUGGUGGAGUCAGGGGCGCAUAAAGAGCGUUAUGGAAAGAUCGAAGCUUUGGACACAGACAACGCCCGUGUUUUGGUGAAGAUGGCCAUCGGCGGUGAUGUGGUGUCCGUCCACCAGUAUGCUGUUAAACUGGUUAGACAAAAGGAAUAUGACAGAUACAGCAAAGACCUAAGUCGUCUGAGUAGAGCACAUAAACAGAAGGUAAAAGAGGACAACGAGCGACGCCAACAGGAGGAAAAAGAACGGCGACACAUAGACAACGUGAAACACAAGUCUUCAGAGAGAGACGGAGACAAAGAUAACAGGAAAAGGAAACACAGAGAAUCAAGUAAAGACCGUGAGAAGCCUCCAGAGAAAGAAGCAAAGCCGGCUAAGGCUCCGCCCUCUUGGCUACAGCGAGACUUGAAAGUUCGUUUUAUAGACAAAGCUUUCAAAGGUGGCCGGUACUACAACUCAAAGAUGCGCGUGGAGGAUGUCUUGACCCCGUAUACGUGCAUUUGUCGAACCGAAGACGGAAGACUGUUAGACGAUGUGGAGCAGAACAAGCUGGAAACUAUUGUCCCAAAAGGAGAUUAUGAUGCCAUAAUGGUUGUACUUGGUGAACACCGAGGACAGGUGGGUCGUAUUCUGCAGCGGGACAAGAACAAGUGCAAAGCAAUGGUUCAGCUUGAAAGAUACGAAAAGAAAGUGUUUACUUUGGAUUAUGACUGCAUUUGUCACUAUUUGGGCGCGGCAGACCACUGCUGAAUUUAAGUAGUUUUUAUCCCACUUGAAGUGUUUUAUUUCAAUGCCAAAAUAUAUUGUUUUGUAAUGUUUGU